AUGGAGUGGUUCAUUGUCAGUCUCUUUGUCUUUCUUGUGUCGGUCGGAAAGGGAACCGAUGGAAUGACGUUUUCUGUUCAGUUAUCCCCCGCGCUUUCCCAGCGUCAUAACGGACAACUUCUUGCAUAUUUUACUUUCACUAGUGGUGCAUCAAACUCGCUUUCAUUUAAGGUACUUCAGGGCCAUUCAGAUCCGUCCGCCCGAUUAUAUUUGUUCGCCGUGGGAACGCAGCACAUGCUGCGUUCCGAUACCGAGGUUGGAUGUGUCAAUUUCUACCAGAUGUCCAUCUUCAAUGUUUCUCUUGCCCAGGGACAAGGACAAUUCACAGUCGGUUCGUUCAGUGGUCACUUCCCAACUUUUCUGGUCUAUGCAGAUAGCUGCACCUGCAAAAGUGUAUCGUGUUCAUUGUCUAGAGAAAAUCUCAAUGCAAUUAUAACUAUUUUGAAUCCGAAUCAGGAGCCCCUAAGUGGAAGUCUGGUUGGAUUGCGGAUACACUUAUUUGGUUUACUGGUUUUUUACGCACUGGCCGUUGCAUGUGCCUUCUACUUCGUCCGUUUGGCCAUGUGUUGUGCUGCCAGUUGUGAGGCACUCAUGGAAUCUGGUCAACGACUUGUCAACCACGGCCGAACCGUUUCAGUGACCGCAGGAUGCGAACUGAAGAAUAUCGAACGAACUGGUCAGAUCUGCUGUGCUCCAUGCUGCGGUGGAGUUAUGGACAAUACUGGUGCAAUCACCUCGAAUGGUGCGAGAUCGUCUGUCUCGCGCGCCGAUGGUGCUGAAAGACGGCUUUAUCUUCUGACCACAUUGCUAUGCAUUCAGUUUGCUUCUGUGUUGUUCUGUUGGAUGGAAUUAUCGCGCUUGGCACAAUCAGGAUCACAUGGUUUGAAACCUAUCCAUCCGGUAUCCGGAGCUGAUGGUCUCUACAGUCAAAUUGCUGAGCUUUUGGCGCUGCUCAAUCAAUUUGCUAUGCUCCGUUUGCUAAUAAUUCACGCAUCCGAGUUGACAGGCUCAUCAGUGCGUGGCCACCGACCACACCAAGAGCUCCGACAACCGUGCUGCCCCACAACUCCUUCAAACUCGCCACCGACUAAUCGACGUCUCGCAUUAUCUUUAUCAAUUUUCCGCUUUGGUCGAUUACUAUCUUGGAACCGUCUUAUCCACAGUAUUUUGCUGAUACAGGUUUUUUGGUAUAUUUUGAAGGAAAUAGCCUAUCAAGAUCCCUUGUAUACAGGACCGAGUCAAUGGCCCAUGGAAGAACAUCAGGGGUUCUGGGCUGGAUUAGGAGUCCCUGUCCCGAGAUAUCUCCCUCAGUUGUCGUCCGGAAUGGAUAUCACUGGAUCUAAUCAGCAACCUUCCAUAGUACAUACCUACUUGGGAACUAUCACACUGGAUUCGUCGUUUGCACCCCUUCUCACGAUUACCCGAACGGCCAUUGGUUUGACCCUAUCAAUGCGCUUGCUUCGGCUGUCAAGGCACCAACGAUCGGAACAAACACGAAAAGUGAACUCAAACUGUGGAUGGCUGGGUUGUGCAUGGUUUCUAACCCACCCUACACUACUUCUCCUUGGAGCGCUGUUUGCCGACCACGUGAGAUACAAGCAUGACUUAGAACGUCUGGUGGCCUGGUCCUCUGAAAGGAGGCUUUCGAUCAACCCGGCCAAAUCAGAAUACAUAUGCCUGGGAAAGCCAAUUUCAGAUCGUGUAUAUCAUCUAGAUGGCCAAAAAUUGAAAUCGGUCUCAUCAAUCCGAGACUUGGGCAUUGAAAUCCGUUAUGAUUUAAAGUCGAAGGACCACACGAGCGCUGUGUAUGAGAAGUCUCUUCGCAUUUUGUGGGCAUUGAAGCGAAGUUUUUCGAUGUGGACGGAAAAGUUAGUUUUAAAACUGUAUCCCACAAUGAUCCGGCCUAUAUUGGAAUACGGUGCACCAGCCUUCUCCCCACUUACGAAAGCCGAAGCCCGAAACCUCGAACGUGUCCAACACCUCGUUACAAAGAUGGUUCCCAAUGUGCGGAGUCUUUCUUAUUCUGAGAGAUGCAGCAAACCGAAAUUGCUCACACUUGAAUACAGACGUCUCCGGAUUGAUCUCAUCUAUGUUUUCCGUGUUUUGUGCCUAAACCAUUUUCCGCAGUUGAUGUUCUUGUUUGACAUUCCAACUAACCAACAUCACCCGAGGACAUCGAUUUAA